AUGUCGAUCUUGACAUCUCAGCCACCGUGUGGUGUCAUCGUCGACGUCUUCGUUCAAGAAUCAUUCCGACAAAGAGGAGGAGGAGUCGCCGCGUCUGUUCCAAUGGAAGAAGAAGAUGCGGUUUCACUUGCUCUAGGAACUGAAGUUGAUCACAGAAGCAGCUUCUCAGCAGAGAAAGCUCCCAACACAAUCAAGGUUACUAAAACUGAGAAAUUCAGUAAGAACUGGAAGCAGCAAGCUAGGCAAAGGGGAAUGAAUUAUGAGAAUCCUAGGAUAAUUGAUGUCCAAAACUACAGCAUCUUUGUAGCUACCUGGAAUAUAGUUGGACGCACUCCUCCUUCUGACUUAAGUCUUGAUGAGUGGCUUCAUUCAUCAGCCAUGCCAAGUGACUUCUCAAGGUCUUCAGAUGAUGAUAAUGGUCUUGGGGAUUCUCCAAGCACUGUCUUGUACUCACCAUGUUCUACAGCAAACGAGAACGGGGAUCGAUCUCAAUAA